AAACAGAUCCAUUCAGUUGACGUCAUGAUGUACAGGCUGAUAUGUUGUGCUACAUCUCAAGAUGCCGAACCAUAUUAGACGAUUUUAAGGAAUUGGGAAUGCGAGGAGUAUCUUAUCAGAAUAAACGUAAGCAUUUUCAAUUGGUUGGUGGGCAUAAAUUGCCCUGCUUUUUCAUUGAUAUAUAAUCGGUCGUCUUUAACAGUUCACGGAAACAUAGUGUUGAGAGCCAGCUUUGAUCUACAAUCAUGCAUCUUGUCUUGGUGACUUGUUUAUUUUGUUUGAGUGAAGUAGUUGUUAUAAAAUCGCAUCAGGAGAUGAAUUCCAUCAGUCAGUCUGCAUUGUCUUCCUUAACCUCAGCUAAAAUUUCUAAUAGACUGAGGGACAUCUUAAACCAAGAGAGCCUAGUUAGGUUCUCUAUGACCCAGAGAAUCCAAAGUUUGGUGAUGGAUGCCUUAGACAAUAAGAAUAACAGUUUGAUUUUGAAGAAGAAGCUACACGACAUAACGACAGAACUACAGUCUAUUGAAGCAAAGAGCGAGGUGAUGAAGGAAGAAAACACUCUGCUAAAACAGGAGUUAAACACCGUUAAGGAGACAAUUAGAUCUAAUAAAAACCUCAUAAAACAGGAGUUAAACACCGCCAAAGAGGCAAUUAGUUCUGAUAAAAACCUCAUAAUGGAACAAAUUCAAAGUCUUAAUAAGACAGGGAUAAGUGUUCUCAGAAAACAAAUGGAGGAUGCGAAUUCAAAAUUCAGACAGGAAUUGCGUAUUCUUAAGGAAACAAACCAAAGAGUAGAUGAAGAAAACUCCAAACUAAAACAAGAAUUAAGCAACUUGAAGGAUAUAUCUAGUUACAACAAGCGAAACAUUCAAAACCUAAAUAACAUGAACGAAGCAAAAAGCAACUACAAUGAUGAUUUCAGGUUACAGUUCCAGAUGAUCAAUGACUCUCUGCAGAGUCAUGAUUUACAACUUCUAAAUAUUUCUUCACAACUUUCUUCAGUGAGUUUGAAUUGUCUGCAUAAAAGCUGUAUGCAAAUUAUACAAAGUGACCCAGGCGUGAAAGGAAAAGAUGGGGUAUAUUCGAUAAAUGUCGAUGAUCAGGAAAAGAAAGUGUACUGUGACAUGACUACAGAUGGAGGGGGCUGGACGGUUAUCCAAAAACGACAGGAUGGUUCUACAGACUUUUAUAGGACUUGGGUAGAUUACAAGAAAGGAUUUGGAGACGCAUACACAAACUACUGGAUUGGAAACGAUGCAAUUCACUACUUAACAAAGACAAAUCAGGAACUACGUGUGGAGCUGCUGAGUUUUUCUGGUGAGAAAGCGCACGCCCUGUACUCCACAUUUCAAGUCGGAAACGAGAGCAGUAAAUACCGGCUUACAGUAUCGGGAUAUUCAGGAACAGCGGGUAUGAGUAUUUUAAAUAUCAUUCUAACUUAUCAUAAAGGGAAAUACUGUAAAAACUUGCUUACAGUGUCGGGGUAUAAUGGAACAGCGGGUAUGUAUGUUGUAUAUAUCACCCUAACCUAUCACACAUGUUGCAUACAAACUAUGAAAUGAUCCAAGCAUCACAUGUUUAUCAGAAUAAUAAAUAGCACAAAUGGUAUCACAUGAUUUAUCACUAUUUUGUAUCACAGAUGGUAUUGUAUUUUAUCACAAUUUCACAUCAUAAUUCCGAUCAUUCAGAAUGAAUUUAACAUGCAUAAAUGACCCAUGAGUCUUAACUAUCACCUGGAUAUGCACAAUGUUUGGUCUUUAGAAAUCCCUGUAUUACUUUCGUGUUUUGAUAUAAAUUUCCAUUUUAAUACUUUAUAGAUGAUAUAUAUAUUAGUAUAACCACCAGGCAUGAGUUAACAUUUUAAUACUUUGUAGAUGAUAGAUAUAUUAGUAUAACCACCAGGCAUGAGUUAACAUUUUAAUACUUUGUAGAUGAUAGAUAUAUUAGUAUAACCACCAGGCAUGAGUUAACAUUUUAAUACUUUGUAGAUGAUAGAUAUAUUAGUAUAACCAGCAGGCAUGAGUUAACAUUUUGAUACUUUGUAGAUGAUAGAUAUAUUAGUAUAACCACCAGGCAUGAGUUAACAUUUUAAUACUUUGUAGAUGAUAGAUAUAUUAGUAUAACCAGCAGGCAUGAGUUAACAUUUUGAUACUUUGUAGAUGAUAGAUAUAUUAGUAUAACCACCAGGCAUGAGUUAACAUUUUAAUACUUUGUAGAUGAUAGAUAUAUUAGUAUAACCACCAGGCAUGAGUUAACAUUUUAAUACUUUGUAGAUGAUAGAUAUAUUAGUAUAACCACCAGGCAUGAGUUAACAUUUUAAUACUUUGUAGAUGAUAGAUAUAUUAGUAUAACCACCAGGCAUGCGUUAACAUUUUAAUACUUUGUAGAUGAUAGAUAUAUUAGUAUAACCAGCAGACAUGAGUUAACAUUUUAAUACUUUGUAGAUGAUAGAUAUAUUAGUAUAACCAGCAGGCAUGAGUUAACAUUUUAAUACUUUGUAGAUGAUAGAUAUAUUAGUAUAACCACCAGACAUGAGUUAACAUUUUAAUACUUUGUAGAUGAUAAAUAUAUUAGUAUAACCAGCAGGCAUGAGUUAACAUUUGAUUGAUCACUGUUCCUUGUCAUAACUUUUGAUUAUUUAAAGUGUCCCGGAAGUCAAAUAUACAUUUUGGUUUAUCUUAUGCAUUUUUAAAAAUAAAUACCGAUAGUAAAAUGCUUUCAGUUAUUUUUUAAUCAAUAAACGAUAUAAUGGGCAAAAAUAACCUUUUUCGUAAAUUCACACCUUUACGAUACCGAAAACGAGACUGAAAAUGUAAUACCGGAUCUGACGUCACAACCCAUCAUUGGCGGUUUCUUCACAACAAGACGAGAGUAUAAGAGAAGAAAAUAUUCGAAGAGAAAUGGCAAGUAAGAGUAAGGGACGCCGCAUUUGUACAGGAUGCAACAACAGGCCCUCGGACACCGUUUCCGUCCAUGUUUUCCCGAAGGACGAGCGACAGAGAGCAGCAUGGACUCGAUUUGUGAGACUGACCCGUGCAGACUGGACAGGACCGUCCCAGUAUACUGUUGUUUGUAGUGCGCAUUUCACGGACGGAUGUUUCGAGGCUCAGUUUUUACUGAUGAGAGAAUUUGUAAUUCCUCCGAGAAAAAAAAAACGCCUCUGCCCUGGUGCGAUUCUAUCGCUUUAUCUUAAGAGGAAAGUAGACGACCUCAACCUUGCCCUCCUCUCUUCGCCCGAGCCUAAACCCAAGCGCCAGACUGUAAAUAGGGUAGGUCGUGUGUAACUUUAUUAUGAAGAUUCCAUCGGUAAGAAAGAUGAUAAUUUUAUUGUAGUCUGUGACGUUUAUUAACUUUUUUCAUUCUAUAAGUUACAAUACACGUACCACAUGACGGGUUUCUUACAUGCCCCAUCUGAUAAGGACCCUGGAUUAGAUUGCCGUUUAAACAUAUUCUGUCAUAUAGAUCCACUGACCUAUCUUAGUAAUGUGAUCAAGAACUUUGCAUAAUCUAAAUAUACGUAGACUUCUAUUACUCUUUUAGUGGGCAAUAUUAUUUUUCCAACACGAUUAAAUGUUAACAUUGCAAAGAUACCAAUUCUGAUCAAUCAAGUGAAGGCUGAGGGGUGUAGAGUGGGUGGCCUGUAACCCCUGUUGUAACCCCUACAUGUACAUCCUUUGGAUUUAUACGUUAAUGAAAAUUAAAUUAUUUCCAAAAAUCACAUAUGAUGGAAACCCCUCUUCACUAAUUUAAUUUAAAUAAAUCAUGGGCAGAUCCAGGAAUUUUGGAAAGGGAGGGGGGUUAUACCAUUAUUAAAUUUUAGUUGUUAAAGGGGGGUUCCACCAUCUAUAUGUGUGGGUGUUUUUUAGCAAACUUUUCUGAUGAAAGGGGAGGGUUCCGACCUUCGGGAUAUCCCCCCCCCCACUCUGAAUGAUCAAGAUCCCCCCACUGCAAAUUAUUUCAAUAUUUACAUAGGGACAUUUUAUUUCAAAACAAUAAAAGAAUUACAGUAAAUACAUUAUAAAGCACUAUCGUAACAAUUAUUUUAUCCUUUUUUAUUGGGAAAGGUUGAUGAUUGCUGCUCUACAUUUUAAUGAAAAUUCAUCAAGGCUGCAUGCCAUAACGAAGGAAGAGAACCAACAAUUUAAAAUCAGCUUUCCGAAGUUCAAGGGUGGGGAAUGCAGUGUUCGUAGGAAGCCUUUUGAUCCAACAUUUACCCAUCAGUCCUGAUGAAGGAGACUUAUUUGGUCUUUCAAGGGUCAUCAGAACCAUUACCAUGCUCAUUGCCAGCUCAACCACCUCCACUGUGCAAUGAUUUUUUCCAUCCUGAUAAAGAAGAAGCGGUUCUACAUUUUACAUCGAGGUUCAGUCGGAAGGAGACAUCCGUGUGAAUGUGAACAAAACGUAAUACUAGCCAUUUUGGACAUUCUAGCAAAGCAGAUAAAAAUAUGUUGGUCAUACAGAUGUGCUCUAUUUUAAUCUUGUUUAAAAAUGUGAAACACCUUUAUCUUUGGUUUUGUUUAAAUCUGAACCAAAGUCAUAUAGAGUAGUAGGUGGUGAAAACAAAUUUUGUUAUUUUUUUUUUUUUUUUUUACAAAUAAAACAAGACUGGGAACAACCAUGAUAUAGGGUCUGACCGUUGGGUAACAAUUUGUUUGGUCUUGCAUGCAACAGUGUAUUUUUGCAAAUAAUUUAUAAAAUGAAAUAUUAACAUAGUAUAUGUAGUAUUAGCUUAGUAUAUAUAAUAGUUGUAAGAGUUAAAAAUGAUAAAACUUUUUUUUAAAUGGGAACAUGAAAGCAUGGUCCUCGUCCCGUUCCUGGGUGCAGAAACAUUUUAUUUAAAAUAUUGUUUGUGUAGCUGAUGCUUUCUAGAAACUUUGUAGUAUUCUGUUUUGCCAGUAUUUAUUUAUAAUUAUGAUAUUUUUUACUACCAUUAUGUUCAUAAAUGUAUUAUUUUUUGACCAUUUCUGUUAGAAUGUUGUGCUUGAAUUUUUUUGUAUGCAUCAUGUAUGAAUUGCACAUUUGUUUAAAAAAAAGUUGCUUCAACUAAAUCAUACCAUCACUCAGGUGCAUUGCAUCCUUGAUACUCCUCAUAGGCAAAGGAAUUCCGUCACAACACAUGAGGGUAGAGGGACUCGCACCUUGUGCCGUAGGUAUCAUUAACACCAUCAAACAAAUUGCCUGUAUGUUGUGUGUCUGUUGUGCUUGUAAUACCAAGAAAUGUUUGGAAUUAUUCACUAAUGUAAUGAUAAACUAGCAAUCGGACCCAAUAGUCAUGUGAAUUUUGUAUUGAUUAAAUCAAUAAAAUAAUUGACUUGCU